AUGAAACCUAAUGAUGCUACAACUGCUGCUAUAAAAUGGAAAAAUAAAUCGUCCAUUAAAUUGACUAAUAAGACUUCCAACAAAAGUUACAAACCUAUAGCACUUAAUUCUAUCAACAAAAAUUGGCCUACAGUAUUGAAACUUGCUUCUUCAUCAUAUAAGAACCCUGACAGUAGUGUUAAUGAUGAUAAAUCAAUAUUAUUAUCACUAGAUACACAAUUGAAAACAAAAAUUGUCAAUAUAAAUCUCAAUACAACAAGACAAUUUCUUCAUCUUGUGAAUGAAGAAUAUACAAAAAUGAAAACAAGUGAACUUCUGGCUAAGAGUUUGGAUAAAGGCCCAUAG